AAAUAUAAUCCAAAUGAUAAAUUUAGAAUCUUAUAUAAUAUUACAGUACAACUUAAAGCAAUUCAUAAAUUAAAUUUAAUUCAUGGAGAUUUUCAUAGUGGAAAUAUACUUAAUAUAUAUUAUGGUACUUCAGUGAUUAGUGAUCUUGGAUUAUGUAAACCAGUUAAUCAAUCAAAUACAAAUGAUGAAAUAUUUGGUGUCCUUCCUUAUAUUGCACCAGAAGUUUUACGUGGUAAACCUUAUACAAAAGCUGCUGAUGUAUAUAGUUUAGGUAUUAUAAUGUGGGAGUUGACAUCAGGAAUUCCAGCAUUUCAUGAUAUUUCUCAUGAUUUUCAACUUUCUUUAGAUAUUUGUAAAGGGUUUAGACCAGAAAUUAUAGAAGGAACUUUACCGGAAUAUGUAGAAUUAAUGAAAAGAUGUUGGGAUAAUGACCCUAAAAAAAGACCAACUGCUAAAGAAUUGUUU